AUGGCAUCCCCAGAGAAGCCGGCCGCAGGAGGGGGGCACGGCAACACUAACGGGGGGGUAGGGGGGCAUCGGGGGGGGCCCGCCGGCGCGAUGGUGGCCCAGCGUACUCCGGACCGUAACGCUCUCAACGGGAUGGGGGAGUUCAUACUCACUCAGGUUCGACGGGGCGCUUCGGAGCAGCAGUGGGCUGAUUGGCUGAAGGUGCCCUUCGAGCAUGCUUGCCUCGCCCGGGACAUGAGUACCAUCAGGAGAUUGCUGGAGGCGGGCGUUAACGGACCAUACGACAGGCCGAGAGACCCGCGCUUCCGGCGACACACCCUUCUCCAUCUCUCCUCCGCCUGCGGCAACACGGAGCCAAGCGAGAAGGCUUACACCCCGCUGCACCGGGCGGUGCUGGGCGGGCACAGCGAGGUAGCCCGCGUCCUUAUCAAGGCAGGCGCGGACAAGGACGCCAGGACCGGGGGAAGCGGCGCGACUCCGCUUCAUCUCGCCGCUCGGAAGGGCCACGAGAGCUGUCUGCGGACCCUGCUCUUGACCGGCGCUGACAAGGAUUCCAAGCGGGGUCUGGAUGGGGCGACCCCCCUGCACCAGGCGGCGUUUUUCGGGCAAAUGGGGGCCGUGCGCGAGCUCCUGGAGUCGCUCGCUGACCCCAACGCGCAGGAUGCGGAGGGCUGCACCCCAGUGUUCCUCGCAUCACAGGAGGGCCACGAAGAGGUUGUGGUCGACCUCCUGAGGAACGGAGCCUCGCCGGACAUGAGCCGCGAGGACGGGUGGGCCCCUCUCCACGCCGCCGCCCGCUUCGGGCACUCCUCCACGGCCGCGGCCCUGCUUACGGAGGGACGGGCUGACUACGAAGCCGUUACGGAGGACCACGGGUCGACGCCGCUGCACGUGGCUGCCAUCAGCGGCUUCGACGAGGUGCUGACGGUGCUCUUGGAUGUCGGGUGCGACGUGGAGAGUGCUGACUCCGGGGGGUGGACCCCGCUUCACUGCGCCUGCGCUGCCGCCCGCGCUAGCUGCGUUAACACGCUCAUCAUGAGGGGGGCGGAUCCGUCCGCCAUAACGCCGGAAGGGAAGCGGGCGGCGUCUCUCAUCGGCACGGAUCUGGCGGAAGGGGACGAGCCUAACAGCGAGACCAACGAGACGAUCUGGAAGAUGCUCAGGGUGCCGAGAGCGGAGUCGGAGGCCCGCCGCAGGAGGCGUACGGCGAAGAACGCCGGGAACCAGCGCCCCCCUCCCCCCUACAACGACCGGCCCCCGCCAGCGUACGGACCCGACUCCGUCGGAGGGAUUGUGGUAUUCGACAGCGCCGGGAGCGGGAGUGCUACGGGGAGUGCUAGCGGGAGCUUCAGUGGGUCCGGGUCGCGACAGCUGCACCGCAGCCCUACACAUCCGCAGGAGGCGCCUGCUGGCAGCGGAGGGAAAGGCUCGCGCCGCGGCGCCGCUCCUACCAACGGCCAUCGCGAUGCUAAUGGUGGCGGCAUUCCGCGCGAGAGAUCAGCCACACGCCGUGGAGACCAGCAGCACCAGCAGCAGUCACAACGUAAGCCUCGCGAGCGAGUGAGAGAGUUCGCGGAGGGGCAAUACGCCGGCAAGGAGGGCGACUUGGAGGGUGACACUACUGGUGUUGUUGACCCCGCUGCAGUCGGCGGCGGUGGGGGGGGGGGGCUCCGUGGGGGAGGUGGCAGUGGUUACAAGCCGACCCCGGACCAGUACCAGAGCCAGCCCCGACCCUCCCGCGACAAGAGGGUCUCGACGGAUGUGGUGGUGGGAGGGGUCGCCGCCGGGCGGCCUGCGGGCAGGUCUCCCGCCGCCGGGGGUGUGGGGGUGGCGGGGGAGACCAGAGGGGCGGAGAGGAGCCCGCCCCCUACCGGGAAAGCGGGGUCCCAGGGGGAACGGGGGGUGAGCUUCUCUUUAUCGCCGCCGGCGGGCGGUAGGGGAGGGUCGAACCCGCCGCAGGGGUCGAGGAAGGGAGGGUCGCAGUCCCCUCCGCCGCAGCAGCAGAGGGGAGGCACGUCGUCCCCCGCAGACAGGAGAGCAGCGGCAAUGGGGGAGAAGCAUGAGGACGAGGAUGGGGAUGUGGAGAUGGAGCUUGAGUCGGCGGUGGGCGUCGGAGGAGAAGCGCAAGGGAGGCGGAAUGACAAUGCAGCGGUGGGGCAGGAGUCAGCCGAGCUUCCCCGAAUACUGAGGCGACCAGCGGGAGCCGCCGCCGCCGCCGCCGACAGAACCACCAUCGACGGCGCUCGCGAUGCCCGCGGCGCCUCCGCCGCCUCCACCGGCAGCGGUAGGAUCGGAGGAGCAGGAGGAAGACCGUCGAUUGCGACGGAUGGCCGGAGGUCGUCCGCCGGGAGGGCCAGCGGCGGCGCGGGCGUCUUCAACAGCGACGAGGCUGGCGAGGACGGUCGCAGCAGCGGCAGCACCGCUUUCGGCGAGAGGCCGGGUGGGGGCGGCGGGUUCAGCAUGGGCGCGGCGGAGGGCAUCGUCGCUAGCCGGAUAGCGGCGUACGACCCGUUUUCGUACUCGCAGAAAGACGCCCAGAGCUCGGGGGGCACCCCGAGGCAUGCGGACAUGUAG